CGCUGCCCCUCCCCCGGAAGUGCGUCACAAGGUCACCAGCCAAACAGGUCACUCGCAGCGCAGGCACGAUGGUGGCCUCCUUGUGUCAGUAUUACCAGCUGUGUGUGAGGAGAGGUUGUGUGCUGUUUGCCACUCGUCAGUGUGCAUCGUUAUAUGACAGAUCUCAUGUCUAUAGGAUAUGUGGCUCCACCGCCAGUGCAGCACAGGUGCGGUUCAUGUCUGGCGGUCGGAAAGGAUUCCUGGGCGAGUUUCUGGACAAUCUGAAGCAGGAACUGAGCAAGAACAAAGAGAUGACAGAGAACAUCAAGAAAUUUCGAGAAGAAGCCAAAAAGCUGGAAGAAUCAGAAGCCCUGAAACAGGCCAGGAGGAAAUAUAAAACCAUCGAGUCGGAAACCGUUAAAACGUCUGAAGUUUUGAAGAAAACUCUCGGCACACUAUCAGACACCGUGAAGGAGGGUUUGGAAGAGGUGGGUCGCUCGGACAUCGGAAAGAAAAUUAAAGAAGGAGUGGAAGAAGCUACCAAAACCGCCAAGCAUUCGGCUGAGACGGUGUCCAAGAGUGGAGAGAAAUUCGGAAAGACCGGAGCGUUUCGGGCGAUCUCACAGGGCGUAGAGAGCGUUAAGAAAGAGAUCGGUGAUCUUGGACAGACCGGCCCGUAUCGACCGCCCACCACGCUGAGAAAGAGAAGCGACUUCUCAUCGAAAGCAGGAGGCAGUGACACCAAAGUCUACGAGGCCAAUGAGGAAGCGAUGGGUGUUGUGCUACACAAGGACUCCAAGUGGUACCAGCAAUGGAAGGAAUUCAAGGACAACAAUGUUGUUUUCAACAGAUUUUUUGAGAUGAAGAUGAAGUAUGACGAGAGCGACAAUGCCUUGAUCAGAGCGUCCCGCGCCGUCACAGACAAGAUGACCGACAUCAUUGGUGGGCUGUUCUCCAAAACAGAGAUGUCUGAGGUUCUGACAGAGAUCCUGAAGGUGGAUCCGAAUUUCGACAAGGAUUCCUUCCUCAAACAGUGUGAAAGAGACAUUAUUCCCAAUGUCCUAGAGGCCAUGAUUCAAGGAGAACUGGACGUGCUCAGAGAUUGGUGUUAUGAGGCUACAUACAGUCAGUUGGCUCACCCAAUCCAGCAGGCAAAGGCAAUGGGUCUACAGUUCAACUCCAAGAUACUAGACAUUGAUAAUAUUGAUUUGGCGAUGGGGAAGAUGAUGGAGCAAGGCCCCGUGCUCAUAAUCACUUUUCAAGCUCAACUGGUGAUGGUCAUUCGCAACGUGAAGGGUGAAGUCGUGGAGGGAAAUCCGGAAAAGGUUCUCAGGAUGAUGUACGUGUGGGCACUGUGCCGGGACCAGGAAGAGCUGAACCCGUACGCCGCCUGGAGACUAUUAGACAUCUCUGCUUCCAGCACUGAACAAAUCCUCUGAAAGGGAUGCUGAGAAACCCCAGGGGACUUGAGGAAGGGGUUACAGGGGGGGGUGUGACUCAGCCAGGGGGUGUGGCCUCACACAUCAUCUUGUUUUACAUAACCCCGACCCCAUUGGUGGUUACUUCCAGAGCUCACCGAAGAACCCUGACUUGACCGCAGGGUUGUUCGGGCCGACCACACUGACACGGGUUGGAAGCACGCCACUGGACCGAAACCCCAUCAGUCAUACUAAGAAAAGACUCAUGUUGUGUUUGUAUCAUCUGUCUAACUGUCCUGAAAGGAAUGUCAUGUUGAGUGUUUACCCAGUGCCAUCUAAAUGGUCAAAGUCUGCAAAGCUAUCACUAAUAUAAUAAUUAUAAUAAAAGUACUUAAUUUUUUC